AUGCGCCCUACCACCCCGACAUCGUUUGUGGAGCUGCAAGAGUCGGUACAAGACACGCCAAAACGUGCCGAGAGUGCGGCACCCGUGCCGACGGCGGAUAAGGCGCCGCCGGCACUCGUGUUCCAGUGCGCACGGUGCUUGACCGUGGUCGGCGACUCGUUUUCCUGGAUCACGGCGCAGCGCCAGCUCUCGAUGAUCGUGCUACGCGAGGCGGCCGAGAAAGUGGCCGUCGUGGGGCCGGUGAUCACCUCGAGCGAGCCGGGCCAGGGACUGGGGAGCACGUACUCGGUCCUGCAAUGCACGCACUGCACGCAGCACCUGGGGCGCCAGUACCACGAGACGCCACGCGCGCUCGACGAGCUGCGCAGCGCAUUUUCAUUCCAUGUGGACGCGAUCAUUGUCUACCAACUGGGCUCGACUUCUGCCACGGGCCAUCCUUCGAGCAUACCCAAAGAGAUCCAGCACACACCGGACGAGCACGGCAAGGAGCCGGAAGCAAAGCCAGAGGCGCCACGGGAAAGCGCGUCGGACAACGCUUCCGAGAUGGACAAAAUCCGGACCCUGCUCAUGGUGCUGGGCGAGCGUCUAAUGCGUGUCGAGCAGCACUUGCAUCUAAGUCCUACUUCCAACACCGAGGAUACGUCACGAUGGAACGUCUAA